UUCUGGGAUAAAUGCGUGUCGUAUAGGAACCAAUGACAAAAACGGUAGUAUUAUAACCGAGAUCUAUUAAUGGUAGGGGAAAAAAUAGUUCCUCUAACGGCAUGAGAAUGACAGAACUUGACAACUAAUUUUAUUUUUAUGGGAGUCCUUCUUGAAGAUUAACGUUAAAACAUAUACAUAAUAAACAAGGCGAGGUUCAUCAAGCCACCCCCACUAUGGACCCACUUAGGAGAACAGCCUUGCUAGAUGGCAUGGUCCAGUACUAUCUCUUCUUGGUUCAGCCUAACCUCUUAGACACACAGUCUGAUGAUCUACGUCUGAGACUGUGGCCAAGGUUGCCCCUCUCCUUGUGCAGUAUAUCUGGCAACAGCAGCCAUUCAACCUCAAGUACCACACUGAGAAAGGCACAGUACUGGUUCUGACCUGGAUACAAAUGUUUUUUGAGGAUUGAAGGAUUUGUUAUACAAAUCAUUUUGAUGCUUUGACUGAAUGAAUGGUGAUCAUGUCUUGAUUGUACCUGCAAGGGGAGUUCCUGCACACUUUGGAGGCAGCGCUGUGUUUGGGGACAGUGUGGAGGAUGAGUGGUUCAUCUUAUACCUCCUGCUUCAGAUCACACAAGCCUUCCCAGAACUUGGUGCCAGGUUAGAGUACAAUGAUGGGGAGUUCCUUCUGAUUGAAGCAGCAGACUAUCUUCCCAAGUGGUUGAACCCAGAGAGCAGUGGAAACCGAGUGUUCCUCUACAGGGGUGAGCUGUACAUCCUGCCCUGACCUCCCGCUCUAGUGGAGUUGGCCUGCCCAUGAACGCAGUGCCCAGCGUGAACCAUACUCUGGUCCUGCUCUCGUCCCACACACAGUCCUGUCUGGCCUGCCCCAAGAUCCGCACUGCUCUAAGGAAAAGACUGGAGGGGGCCCCAGGUGAGGAGGUCCUUCAGCUGCUACAGAGCUGGGAUCCCUGCAACGUGGAAGAACUGAGGAAACGCGAGGCCCAUCUUCCCCCAGAGGACAGUGGAUAAACACCUCCUAUUACUACAGUACAGCAGUCACUCAGUCUAGUAUCAGCUCAGGUGUAAUGAGUAAAAUCCCUGUUAUUAUAUGGCACUUACCGUGCUUCUACACCUGCAUUGCUUGCUGUUUGGGGUUUUAGGCUGGGUUUCUGUACAGCACUUUGAGAUAUCAGCUGAUGUACGAAGGGCUAUAUAAAUAAAUUUGAUUUGACUUACCGCGCUGAUAUGUUUACAUCACAAAGUAGACUGCUGGCUUUCGUGUCAGAUAAAACCACACGGGCAUAAGGCCUGCUGAUUUUUAGAGGAAGGGUUCAGCCUUUACUAAACAUACUCAUAUCGUAAACUGGUUAAAUAAGAGGUUUCCAAAAUGCUGAGCUAGAAUGAGUUGGUUGAAACACUGAUUUUUCUAAUGCCCCCCAUCUCCAGGUGAGAGUUGGCUGGAUAUUUCAGCCCAGGAGCUGGAGCAUCUGUUGGAGCAUAGGGGGAGGAGUGGGGGUGGGUGGCUUAAGCCCAUCCACACCAAACAGACGCAGGGGGGGAAGGGGUGAGGAGGAGGGGGGCAGCUACAGCCUGGUGGCUGUGACCCAAGGCAUAAAGAACUUCAUCAACGCCAUGUCUUCACAUGAGGGGGCCCAUCUACCCUGGUCCCAUUCAAAUGAGCCUUUCGGGUUUGAUCCAGACUCUAUGGCCAUUGCACUGGACAGACUACUGGACAUGUCAGGGGCUAAGGAUGAGGAGUUGGAUUCAGAUGACCUAGAUGAUGUCGAUGAGGCCGUGGAUGGUCCUACCGGACUGCGAGGGGAUGAAGGGGCAGAGGCUUCGGAAGGUCUUAGGAAGUACAUGGAUGAGAUGGACCAUGAGCUUAUGGGCACCAGCAUGGGACAGAGCUUCAACCAGCAGGGCACCAAUAAAGCAGGCCCAGCAGCCAGUGGCUGCCCUUGUUCCCCCAGUGGGGAGGGUCUGCUGGGUGAGGAUGAGGAGAUCCAGCCCCUGGACAUGGACCUUAACAUGGUCACUAACCUCCUGGAUUCUCUGAGCUCCCGGGCUGGCCGGGCCAGCCUCUAACCUGCUGCAGAGUCUGGGCAUCCACCUGCCACCCAAUACUGACCGUUCAUGCUGAACACCUGCCCCUCAACUCUGACCAUUCAUUGAGAACUCUGACCGCUCAUUAUGCCCUAGCAAGGAAAAUCACCCAACACCUAGUUCUUACUGUCUGUGCAGCCUAGAUACACUGCCCUUUAAACUUUUUGCUCACAGAGUACACCAUGGACCACACCAGAAUCAAUAAUGUGCAUCAGGACAGUGGUUUGACAACUGGAUCAUGUUUGCCAUUCUGAAUGCAGGAUCUAAAAGGUAACUGUAACCCUACAAGUUGUGAUCCUAACGUAGAGGCACUUUCUCCCCUUUUGGAUAUUUGAAUCUGAUUGUCCUAAAUAUAACAUGUAGUUUCAAAUGUUUUUUGUUUGUUUUACAGCACUUAAAUCAUUACUUAGUCAAAUAAUAAACUCGUACAGCACAUUGAUAUAUCAGCUGAUGUAAGAAGGGCUAUAUAAAUCAAUCUGAUUUGAUAAUUUUUUGGGGGACAAAAUGUGUAGUCAUUUUCUAAAUAUAUGAUGUUAAAUGAGGAUUCAAGGCAGUGAAAAUAUUAUUUUCUUCGCUUACCCUGUGCCUUAUUAUUACACAAUCUCAUUGUGAUUCAAUAUUAACCAAAGCCCAGACAAUUUUAGUAAUCCAUUUGAGAUAAACAUGUGGACUUGCUUACUGUUAA